AUGAAUGUAAGAACCAAUUUUAAAGACGAAAUUAAAAUGAAUGUAAAUAAUAUUUAUCCCAGUACAAUUGAAAUUCAGAAUAUUUCGAGUAAGGAAACAAUGAAAACUAUUUUAACCGAAUUGCGCACUAAAACACCUGUGAAUCUUAAAAGUUUACCUCCACCAUAUGAUGUGUUAUCUGACCUCCAAAUACAGAUAAAAACUGUAUGGAAGAAACUUUCAAACAGAACACUUAAAAAUCGAAUUUACGAUAUGAUCUACGCUUUCUAUUUGGGUGAACUUUUAGCAUUAGCGACUAAGUCAGAAAAGAAUUUUUAUAUUAAGAAAUUAGAAAUUAGUAGAUACUAUGUUGAAGUAUCUAUGCGA